GCUCCUCCUCCUCGCCUGCCACCUCAGGAAGAGAAUUUUCAGGGCCGGAGCGAAGACGCGGAGCCCGAUCGCAGCGCUAGCCAAGACGCCGUGAACGAAGCAACCGCCGCUGUCUUCUUACUCCGCGGGCUGCAACAGUCGCUGGGGAGGCAGCUUCCCGGUGGGGCCUCUCCUCACGCAAUGAAGAGGGGAGUACCUGGCAGGAAAGGGACUAAAAGCGAAUCUCAGAAGCAAGCGAAGCGGCACCGCUUGGCCCACGAAUUCGGCGAGUGGCAAGACUGGCUACGCGAUACUCUGAGAGAAACGGGAUUCUUUAUUGCAAGAACAGAUAGCAAAAUAUGGCUUACACUUAUAAUGGCUGCUGUUGCAGGAAUCCUUCAUUGGUAUCACAUAACAACUCUCUUUGAAAAUGAUCGUCACUUUUCUCAUCUUUCAACUCUGGAACGGGAAAUGGCAUUUCGAACUGAAAUGGGUCUCUAUUAUUCCUACUUCAAGAUUAUAGUUGAAGCACCAUCAUUUUACAGUGGAGUUUGGAUGAUUAUGAAUGAUAAUCUAACUGAAUAUCCUCUUGUAAUAAACACACUGAAAAGAUUUAAUCUCUAUCCAGAGGUUGUGUUAGCCAGCUGGUACCGCAUAUAUACAGGGGCAAUGAAUUUGUUUGGCAUUCAGACACAAAAGUGUUGGACUGUGAAUAGAGGAGAAGGUCUGAGUCCUGUUGAAAGCUGUGAAGGAUUAGGAGACCCUGCUUCUUUUUAUGUGGCUAUGAUAUUUCUUCUAAAUGGAUUGAUGGUGUCAGUUUUCUUCCUAUAUGGCACAUAUCUAAGUGGGAACAGAUUUGGAGGGCUACUUACAGUGGCAUGCUACUUUUUCAACCACGGGGAGAGUACUCGUGUGAUGUGGACUCCUCCUCUCCGUGAAAGCUUUUCUUAUCCCUUCCUUGUGGUUCAGAUGUUACUAUUAACAUACAUUCUCAGGACGCAGAAUGUUAAUAGAAGAAGCUUGAUUGCACUAUCUGUUUCUAAUGUUCUAUUCAUGCUUCCAUGGCAGUUUGCUCAGUUUGUUCUUUUAACACAGGUAGCAUCUGUUUUUGGUAUAUACAUUUUGGGAUUUAUUGAUUCAGCCAAACUACAGAAGAUAAUCUAUGCACAUAUGGUAUCACUUGCUGUAUGCUUUGUCUUUAUGUUUGGAAAUUCUAUGUUGAUGACAUCCUAUUAUGCUGCCUUUUUGAUAGUCAGCUGGAGUAUUCUGGAACUGGGCCCUAAGUACCUGAAAUUGUAUACUAAAAAUAUUCCUUCAUGGGCUUUGGAAGGAUUUUCUUGCCUGUUUGGGACAAUUAUCUUGAAAUUCUUGAUGUGUCUAAUAUUUGGAAUAUCUGACGACGUCCAUAUAAGUAAUUUGUUAAAAGCAAAACUUACCGGUUAUAGAGAUUUUGAUACAUCAAUGUAUACUUGUGCUGUGGAGUUUGAUUUCAUGGAAAAAGAG